ACGUUCGGCUGCAUACGUCACUCACAUCGCGAUCGUCAAGGACAGCGUCGGGGGCUUACUGACAUUAGCGCAUAACCGAUCGUGUGUAUUUGCUCGGAUGCUAUUAUAUAGAAUAAUAAUCCUUCGAUGAUUCAGUUUUUUACCAUCGUCUCGAGCGUUUGUUUUGGUUGAUAACAGCCAAUGUUUUUAUAUACAAUUGCUAGAGAUUUUAGCUUCCGAUAUUGAUAAUAAUAACUACUUGCUACAAUGUCACGAUUUGCGUGAAAGUGCGAUUAGCUGUUUGGCGCUCAGUUAUGGUGGAGCUUUACAACUGAAUGGUAGCAGUCGCGAAGUUUGUGUGUCAGUCGAUGAAUUGGACCAUUCAGAUUUUUUUUAUCAUCACUAUUAGAUACCGCGUCAAUUUUUAGGCGCACAUGUUGUUUAACUUUGCACCGUUAUCGAGAGCGACCGAUGGCAGAGGUACUUCACCCACCACGAUAACGUAAAAUCAAACAAAGACAGUAUCCCAAUCCUGAAUAUCAGAAAAUUUGCUUCAAAUCCAAACAAACCAUGGACAGCGAAGGAAGCAAAUCGAAUGCAAGUAUCAAUUCUAACGAGGGUACCCCUUUACUACACCACCAAAUCAGUGCUGUGAGUUCUUCUGCCUCUAGCAGUGAAGUGGAGAUCACCAAAAAAACGCAAUGCCUGACGCUGGAACUGGUGGCCGUUGCGCUCAGCUUCGGAUGGAGCAUAUCAGGUAUCGUACUGGCGAAUCAAAUCAUAUUCCAAACGUGCGUGUAUUUGGGCUACAAUGAAAGCCUGUGUUUGCUCCUGGGAACCAACGCAAAUUCGACGGAAAUUGCCAAUCUGGAGACGGCGGUACAACCGACGGUGGCAAAAAUUUCGAUGGCUUCAAACAUACUAAUUUCGGUGGUUCCGGCGCUGUGCGGUUUGUUUAUGGGACCGUGGUCCGACCGGUUCGGAAGAAAGCCAGUCAUGAUGAUACCGUGCAUUGGCUAUUUCAUCACCUACAUCUGUAAAACCGCCAUUUGCCACUUUUCGUCUUCGCUGAACCUGAGCCCUUGGUUGUACGUGGCGGCCUUUAUUCCAGCAGCUAUCACCGGCGGAACUAGCGUGGUAUGUGCCGGUAUGUUUAGCUUUCUCACAGAUAUUACAACGGAACAAAAUCGAACGGUACGAAUGGGAAUCUUGCAAGCGUGUACUCUGGCCGGAGCCUUUCUCGGAAUGAUGUCCAGCAGUUUUAUUUUGGCGUGGACCAACGCAAGCACGGUAUUUCUCAUUUCUGCCAGUACGAUGUUGUUUGCGACUUUUUACGUCAAGUUAGUCAUCGUGGACAGUGUUUCGCGACGACAGGUGGACCAAUUCAGUGGAAAUUGUGCCAAGCUUAGAGAGAUAUUCCGGCUGGAUUUGCUGAAGGAUAUGUUCAUCACGUUCUUCAAAGCGAGAUCAGGUUACGAUAGAGGAAUCAUAUGGUUGACUGUAGCCAUCGCAGCCUUCACCGUACUAGGAUCGCGAGGUAGCGAUGUGUUCUAUCUAUACACGAGGAAGAAAUUCAACUGGACUCUGGAAGAUUUCACGUUGUGGCAGUCCGCCGAUUUUCUGUCAAUUAUCAUCGGCAACUUUCUAGGAAUAACAAUCUUGAAGAAACUAUUCAAGCUACCGGAUAUUGCCAUCGCCUUCCUAUCGGUGCUCUCGUUUACUAGCGACAGCUUCAUCAAAGGUAUGGCCACCAGCGGCUGGCAGCUGUACAUGUCGACCGGAGUAACACCACUCAAGGGAACCGAGGGUGCCGCUAUGAUGGCCAUUUCGUCCAGUAUUCUACCUUCGCAUGAUAUUGCGAAGAUUUACUCUAUGGCAAUUUCCGUAACCGCAAUGGUUCCGCUGGCCGCAUCUCCCCUGUUUACCUAUAUCUAUAGUCAAACGCUUGCGACGGCACCGGAGGUGUUCAACUUUGUCGCAUCGGGAAUAUUCUCGGUGAAUGUGCUGUUUGUUGGAGAGUUGUCCUACUGGAGCUGUAGAGCAAGGUUCUCGGAAGGGCUCCCCGUCAGAAUCACACACUACAAUUGCAGACGAGACAGGCAAUGUCGCCCACUAAAUCACUGCUUAAGGCCAAUUGCAGCGGGUCGUGAUUCUUAAUGUGAUAUUCAUUGUACGGUUCAAAUAUGUGUAGGGACUUCGCGAUUAGGGUUUGCAGUACCGACCCUUUUUGGCGAGAACCGGUACUACGGUACUGAAACCCUCAGUACCGGUACUCGAAUAUUUAAAAAAAAUGGAAGAAAUGCUUCAAAGUGAAAUUGAUUGCUCAAACUAAUGGCUUUAUUCUCAGGUGUUAGCUACUAAAUCGCUGUUCGUUCUUUUAUAGAUAAAGGUUUAAGUGCAAACCAAAUACGGACAUGACUUAGAUCAUAGUCUUAUUACGCGCCACCCAGUGAAUGAUGGAAACCAAUCAGAAUGUCGCUAAUAAAAAAAAUCAUAGCAAAUUUUUAUGCCUUUUAAGCUAGAUGUGAAUAUUUGGAAAUUUAGUACAAGAUCAUUAAAAUUUAAUUUGGACAAAAUAGUGCAGGAAUUUAAAUAUACCGUUCAGUACAACGGGAGCUAGUAAUGUUUAACAUCUUGAAUUGUUAUGGUGAUGGCCCCACCUCAUUCCCCCACAAAAGUGUUAGCUCAACGAUUUAUCUAGAAGGUAAUAAAUA